ACUGAGGAGAUAGGAUUUCUCUCGUUCCCACUCUAUGCUCGACUUCCUCUGCAACCAUGUCUGACAAAUCCAAUAUGGCAGAGAUUGAGAAAUUCGAAAAGUCAAAAUUGAAGAAGACAGGAACGCAAGAAAAAAACACACUGCCUUCAAAAGACACGAUUGAACAGGAGAAGCUAGCAGGCAGGAGCCGCCAAGAUGCACUGUGUAUUCCACAAGUAUUGCCUUCUAAUUUUACUUCUUUUAGCUGUUUAACUUUGUAAGACGCGAAGAGGUUGGAUCAGUUUAAAUGACUGCGCUGCCCCUUUUCACAUCAGCACUACCGACUACUGCGCCUGCCGUUCCCCUCUGCCUGGCUGGCUGGCGGGGAAGGGGGGAACUUGCAUGUGGGUGAAGGAACGAGCUGGGUGGGAAGAGGAUGAAAUCUAGAGUAAACACCAAACUGGUCCAAGGGGUUCUGCGGGCUGUAAAAUGCAGUUUAAUCAGGGUGCCAUUUUUUUGUUAAAAUUAUUUUAAUUAUUGGAAUGCACAAUUUUUGAAUAUGCAAAUAAAAAAUUUUAAAACGUG